AUGGAUACAGUGCAGCUGCGGAGCAUCGUACGCCUUCGGAAUCUACUCACCAAUCCUGAAAUCAAGCCAAGGCUACGAUCAGGCCACGUUGGACACCGUGUCAGUGUUCAAGGACAUCGGGGCCAACGUCGGGAUCAUCUCCGGAUUCCUUUACUCCGCCGUGGUACCCGACCGGAGAGGGAGAGGGCAAGGGCGGAGCUGGUUACGGCAGCCCUGGGUGGUGAUCCUGGCGGGCGUAAUCCAAUGCUUUUUGGGCUACAUCAUGAUGUGGGCUUCGGAGACAACGUCGUCUCGAGCUGCAAAUCCGUGGAUAUUCAUCCUGAUGAUGAUGAAGUUCAAAGCAAAUCCGGCUCUGAGGAUAUGCUCGACCUUGGAGCGGAGUUAAACCUCUUCCAAGCAAUGAGAACUGUCAACUUCUGGUUGCUGUUCGUUGCUAUGAUAUGUGGGAUGGGUUCAGGGCUGGCCACAAUAAACAACAUCAGCCAAAUAGGGCAAUCUCUUGGCUACUCUACUGUUGAGAGGAGUACUCUGGUUUCGUUGUGGAGCAUCUGGAACUUUUUAGGCCGCUUUGGAGCUGGAUAUGCAUCGGAUAUAUUCCUCCACAGAAGAGGCUGGGCAAGGCCUUUGCUCAUGGCUCUUACGCUAGCAGCCAUGACUGCUGGCCAUGUGGUUAUUGCUUCCGGAUUUUCUGGGAACUUGUUUAUCGGUUCAGUGUUAGUCGGCGUAUGCUAUGGCUCUCAAUGGUCCUUGAUGCCUACCAUUACCUCCGAGAUAUUUGGAGUACGACAUUUGGGUACCAUAUUCAACACGAUUGCUGUGGCCAGUCCUAUUGGAUCUUACGUCCUCUCCGUUAGAGUCAUUGGCUACAUUUAUGACAGACAUGCUACAGGCGAAGAAAAUACAUGCUACGGCAAGUACUGCUUCAUGUCAUCUUUCUUCAUCUUGGCAUCUGUUACUGUCCUCGGAUUCCUCGUUGCACUGGCACUAUUUUUCAGGACGAGAAGGUUUUAUUCCCAGCUUCUGGUUCGAUGGUUGAGGCACACUGCAAUAGAGUUAGAUUCUUCUGUCUCGGGUAUUGGACAAGAAUCCCUGGUCUUCGUUGAAUUCUACUCAGGGAUUGGAGUGAAUAAUAUACGGAGUUGA